AUGAUACCUAAGCAUGGAUUCUGUAGUAAUUGCAGUACAACGGCAACACCCUUGUGGAGAAGAGCAGGUGAUGGCAGCUAUCUGUGCAAUGCAUGCGGACUUUACUACAAGAUACAUGGAAAGAAAAGGCCAAUCAGCUUUAAGGCAGAAUCAGUGAAAUCAAGAACAAGAUCCAAGAAGAACAAUGUCUGCUCUGGCGAUACAUACUUCAGCCAUGAGAGCGUAGGCGUGGACAAUGAGAAUGCUGCUGUAAAGGAGCAGAAUUGCACUAAGGAUCAAAGCACACAUGAAAGCAAUAGUACUCAGGGCAUCAGAUAUAAUAUUACUGAGUGCCAUAGUUAUAGCCAAGCAAAGGCAAGCGACUUCAGGAGCAUCAGCACAAAGAGAUGCAAACUAACUGAUAUAGGCCGUGCUAAAAAGCAUGGAAUGGCAGAAGAAUGCCCAUCUAUGGAUAAUCGAUCUGGAAGACUUGUGAAUGAUAAGGAGGAAGAAUACAUGAAAUGCUUGCCAAGAAGGCGUUUUGAUAGAAGAAUGUGCACGAUACCAUUGUUUAUUGCUGGCUCAGGCAAUGACAAGCCGUAUCCAGAGACAACACUUAUCAAGAACCCAUGGGUGGAAGGAAAUGGAGAAACGGAUUUGGAGGCAAUUGCCGUAAAUGCACUGGUUGAGAUGUCUCGCGAGGAGAUAUGCGAUUAA